AAGGUCGUUUAUCUCGGGGUAAGAAUUAUACAAAAAACAAUAGUUAAAUAAUUAUAUACGAGACUAUUUUUUAUCAAUUAGACGACGAUCAUUAGUGUGUAAUUAUUUGUAAUUUAUCUAUUGUUAGUAGCUAUGGCUGUACCUUAUAAUCAUCUAUAUUCUAUGCAAGUCCAAGGUCAGAUGACUCCUGUGUCUGACGAAGCCAUGCAACAACAACAGCAACAACAACAGCAACAACAACAGCAGAUUCAGCAACAACAGCAACUACCCCAACAGCAACAACAACAGCAGCAACAACAGCUACCCCAACAUAUCCAAUAUACCAAUUCAUUACCUCAAGUUUAUUAUACUAAUCAACCUCAACUUAUGGCCCCUCAACAAAUACCUCAAUAUCAAGUACCUGUUGGAAAUAUUCCAAUGAAUCAAGACAGAUUCAAUAAAGAUGAUCCAUUAGUAUUUCAAGGUCAAACUCAAAUGAGUCAAUUUCCUUUACAACGGGGUAUAUCACCUAUUUUCCAAGAAACUACAACGAUGAUGAAUCCUCCUAAUAUUCCAUUACCUAUUGAAUCUCAUCAAUUUGUUCAAAAUAAUCAACCUCAUGUUCAAUUCUUUAAUAAUCAAGCUUCUAAUUCAUAUUUUAAUUUUGGAUUUGGAAUGAAUCAAGGAACAUUUCCAAGACCAAAUGAACGACCAUCAGAAUUCUUUUAUAAUCAUCAAAUUCCAAUCGAAUCAAAGAAAGAAAUUAAAUCAGAAACUCCUACACAAACUAAAAAGAAUUCAAGACCAAGAAUAAAUAAAAUAAGUAAAAAUGAAGCAUCAUCUCCUAAACAACCAAGUGUUUUAGGAGAACUUUCAAUUGAAGAUUUAUGUAAUCAUUUUCGAGAAAUUCUUAAAAUUGAAAUUCCUGGAGAUAAUUCUUCAGCAGCAUUUCAAUUAUCUAUGAAAACAGAAUUAGAAUGUCAAUUAUUUGAUAUGUUUGUUAAUAGGGUAUCAACUUGUAUUGAUGUAUUUUUACCACAAGAAGUAUUUAAAAAAGUUAUACCAUAUUUAGCACUUUAUGAUGAAACUAAUAUGAUAAUUGAUGCAAUAUUUUGUUUAAGUUCAUUAAUGUUACAAAGAAGUUCUCCCGAUAAAGUUGAUCCAUCAACUCCAAUUAAAUAUUAUCAUCAAUGUAUUAAAUCUGUUAGACAUUAUUUAAGUAUGCCAGGUAUAGAAAGUAGUGAUACAGGUAUUAUAUCAAGAUGUUUAUUAAGUACAAUUUUAUUAUGUAUUUAUGAAUUAUUCUUUGUGGCAAUUGAUAGUACUUAUGUUAAAGGAGCUUCAAGUAUUUUAUCAUCUAUUUUACAAAAACAUAAUAUUCAACAAAAUCAAAGUUUACUUAAAGAAUCACCCUUUCAUCAAACAUGUUUUUGGGCCAUGUUUAUUAGUGAUUUAAUUUUAUCUUUAAAAUAUCAUUUACCAAGUAUGUUUUCUGUUGAAAAUUUUUGGAGAUCAUUAGAUCCAUUAUAUUUUGAAAAUUUUGAUAGAGGCUAUCAAAUUAAAAAUAAAGAAUCAGAUAUUUCUUCAUUAUUAAUAAGUAAAGAAUGUUCACUGUGGUUUUUACAAAAAUCACUUUUAAAUUUUAGUGAAGUUAAUGAAUUUAAUAAUCAAGUAAAUGUUAUUUCAAAGGAAGAUUAUGAAAGUAAUAAAGCAUUCCAUGAUUGGUUAAAAUUAAAGACAUUAAUUGAUGAUUAUGAAAAUUCAAUUCCAUUAGGUUUAAAACCAGUAAUUUAUCGACCAGUUUCAAGUGAAAGAAUAUAUCCUAUUGUUUAUUUUAAAGAUGAAGUUGCAGCAAUUAUUGGAUUAAAUCUUAAAUUAUCAAAAAUUGCCUUAUAUGAAGCAUUAGUUCUGAAAACUGAUACAAAUAAUUCAAUGGUUAUACAAGAAUUAUCAAAAUAUUCAUCUAAUUAUUGUUAUAAAUUAGCUAAAGAUAUAAUUGGAAUUAUGAAAACUUAUGAUGCAAAUUUAUUAAUUUGGCCAGUUAAUGUUCAUACAAUUAGACAAGUAGCUCGUUAUGUAUUUGAUGAUUCAGAAGCAUUUAAAGGUUUAGAAGAAUUAAUUGAAAGAAUGAUAUUUACUUGUAAUUUACGAUUACAUGAUAAAAUCUUUCCUAGUCAAUAAUCAAAGGUUUUAUAUUUUAUAUUUGAAUUAUAUUUUAAUUAUAUUUUAUAUUUUAUAUUUGUGCUU